CUCCAUCUGUGGUAUUGUAUGAGACUUCCAUUUUACUCUUCCAUUCUCUCAUCGUUGCUCUCGUCUUCAGCUCCAAUUAAAAUGUCAAGUAAAUAGGGCUCAAGCCACUUCCGAUGGCUCCUCCUUUCCAAAGUUAUGGCCACCACUUCUUUCUCCAAGCGUCUCUACCAAAACCCAUUGCUCUCUCUCCUUCAAAAUGCCAGAACCAACUCUCAAAUCCUCCAAAUCCACGCCCAAUUGAUCUGCAGAGCCCUCGUUUCCGACCUCUUCGUUGCAAGCCGUCUACUUUUCGCCAUCUGCGAGCUCUCCAACUCUUCUUCCGUCGACCUCACAGUAGCCUACGUUGAGCUCAUCUUCUCCCAAAUCCAUCAACCCAACACCUUCUCUUGGAAUACCAUCAUCAGGUUCCAUUCGCGGACCUCAAAACCCCUCCGGGCGCUCCUUUUCUUCUCCCAGAUGCGUAAAAAUGGGAUUUUUACUGAUAAUUACACGUAUCCAUUUGUUCUCAAGGCCUGUGCUUCGAUGCCUGGCCGUCGAGAAGGGUUGGUGGUGCACGGGGAGGUCGUGAAGGGAGGAUUUGAUGAGGAUUCCUUCGUGAGGAAUGGUUUGAUCAGCAUGUACUGCAGGAGUGGAGACGUUCAAUUGGGUAGGAAGCUUUUUGAUGGUUUCCAGUCGAGAGAUUUGGUAUCAUGGAACUCUAUGAUUGCUGGUUAUGUUAGUUGUGGGGAGAUCGGAGAAGCCCAGAAGCUUUUUGAUGCAAUGCCGGAUAGAGAUGCCUUCUCUUGGGCUAUCUUAAUUGAUGGCUAUGGAAAGAAAAUAGGGGAUGUCGGUCGUGCUCGAGAGUUGUUUGAUGCGAUGCCUGAUAGGGAUUUGGUCUGUUGGCAUUCCAUGAUUGAUGGGUACGCUGGUCUUGGUAUGAUGGGUCCGGCCCGAGAGCUCUUUGAAGCGAUGCCUGAGAGGAAUGUCAUCUCGUGGAGUAUCCUCAUCGAUGGCUAUGUCCGCCAUGGUGAUCCUAAGGAAGCUCUGGACAUAUUUCAGCAAAUGCUUCACCAUGGUAUGAAACCUGAUAAGGUUAGUGCUGUUGGUGUGAUUUCAGCAUGCGCUCAGUUGGGCGCUCUCGAUCAGGGUCGAUGGGUCCACUUCUAUCUGAAAAAGAACAGAAUUUUGUUUGAUGUUGUAGUCCAAACUGCCCUGAUAGAUAUGUACAUGAAAUGUGGGAGCUUGGACCUUGCGAGGAGGCUUUUUGACAGCAUGCAUGAGAGGAGUGUUGUUACUUGGAAUGUAAUGAUUGUUGGACUUGGGGUUAAUGGCUAUGGAGGAGAAGCUGUGGAGCUUUUCUAUCAAAUGGAGAAGGAAGGAGCAUUAAUGGAUGAUCUUUCUUUUCUUGCUGUGUUGACUGCAUGCACCCAUGCUGGUUUAGUUGCAAAGGGAUGGCAGAUAUUUGAUAGGAUGAGGAGUGAUUUCAGGAUAACUCCUAUGGCUGAACACUAUGGUUGCUUGGUGGAUCUCCUUGGGCGUGCCGGAAGGUUGCAUGAAGCUAGAAAUGUCAUAGAGACAAUGCCAAUGAAGCCUACUUCGACAUUGUGGGGAUCACUUCUUGCAGCUUGUCGGACACAUCGAUGUGUUGAUUUGGCUGAAGUUUCAGUUGAGCAGCUCAAGAAUCUUGGAGCGGAUGACAGUGGGGUUUAUGUGCUUUUAUCCAAUAUCUAUGCGGAAGAGGGAAUGUGGGAUGAUGUGUGGAGAAUAAGGAAGUUGAUGAGUGCCAGAGGGAUGAAGAAGGAAGUUGGAAGGUGUGUGAUUGAGGUGAAUGGCGAGGUUCAUGAGUUUGUGAAUGGCGAUGUCUCACAUCUAGAAAUAUUUGCUGUUCUUUGGAGUUUGUCUAAUAAGGUAGCCUCAGUAUAGCUUUCAAAAUGUGCUCUUAUUGGCUAAUUGUUGCUCCCUGCAGUAUGAAGUUUUCAAAGACAUUCAUUUUGGAGCAAGGCAAACUUGCUUGGGAUCAGUCCAUUCAGAAAUUAAUCUGCAUAAAAGAGAUGGGUCAUUACCAAAUAAUCAGAGAGAGAUUCUCAAUAAAGAUUCUAGGAUUGGACCAAGAGGAUCGUGAUGUAAUUAUUCUUUCUAGACAGUUUAAAUUCUGAUUAUGAAUGUUGUGUUGAUAGAUGGGCUCUUGGUUUUAGUAGGGUUUGUUCUUGCGGUGAAAUUAGACAAGGUGCAUACACUUCAAAGUUCCGACAAAAGGGAUUGAAAUAUUUUUGUUGAAUCUCUGUCAAUAAUGUUGGUGGUUCAUCACUCCAAUUAUAGCAACUUAUGCUCUGGAAACUCCCUCCUGUUGAACCUUGAAUACUUCCCGGGUGGCCAGUUGUUCGACUAGUGAUGUACGCUCAAAGCUCUUAUUAACUGACAGUGUCAGCCUCUGAUCACUAGAUCAAAGCCUACUAAAAGAGUUCAUCCAGGAAGCCAUUAGCCACCUCAAGAAGCCUACACUCGAGAUCCCUGUAAUUUCCUUUGUAAAGCAUGCAUAGAUCUGCCAUACAUGUGCCUAUGAUUGUCCAAACUGCAGAGCAGAUUCUUGAAAUUAUCCAGUUUAUUUUCAUCAUUCUGCAGCACAUGAUCUUUAUGAAUGUCAAUGAAUCAACUGCAUUGAAGUAAAUGGCAUCAGUGGAUCAGCUGUUUAUCAAGCAUAGGUCCUUUGGAGUUUGUAUAUCUUGUCCUCACACAAUCGACAUGAGCUGGGUUCUCAAUUAACAAAGUUAAAAGGAAGACAAACGACAGGAAUUUUGAUUGAUCUUUGGGUUUGUAAAUAUCUUUUAGAGGGCUGUCCAGAUACUACAUUGUUUGGUUUCUGACUCUCUAUUUUCAGCACGGUUCUCUAUAACAUAGUUAUUUAUAGCCAUCUCAGAUAGAUAAUGUUCUUGUUUCAUGUUGUUCAAUAAUAAAGUUUCUUUUUCCUCAA